AUAUAGAAACACUGAGAUCAGCUGUCAUUCCGUUGGCCGUUGCAGAAUUUUUGAACAUUGAACUUUUCUGCAAAAACACCCGUUGUUGCCCGUUGUUUCGAGAAAACUUUAGUAUCAUUUUUUUGAAUAUAUUUUGUAAUUUGUGUUUUACAAUGGCAGAUAGAACCCACACAUCGAGAAUUGCAUCGUACAAAAAUGCUGGCCAAGGAACUACGGAACUCCGUCGGAAGCGUGCUGAGCUCAGUGUCACCCUGCGGAAGCAGGCUCGGGAUGAACAGCUCCUCAAACGCAGGGCCAUGUCGCCUGAGGCUGGGGAAGAGGUCCAGGAGGCUGAGAAGACCAUGACCACUGCGGAGAUUGUCAAAGGUCUUAAAUCGAGCGACCUAAUCACUAAGACCACUGCAGCCAGAACAGCUAGGCGCAUGCUGUCACGUGAACAAAACCCACCCAUCACAGCUAUGGUAGAAGCUGGUGUACUGAAGCCAUUGAUUAGUGCACUGGAUAGAGAUGAUUGUCAAGACCUGCAGUUUGAAGCAGCAUGGGCGAUCACCAACAUUGCUUCCGGCACACAUGAGAACACCUUGGCGGUUAUUGAUGGUGGCGCAGUACCCAAGCUGGUAACGCUAUUAGGACGCGGGGGUACGGUGGGCGAGCAAAGCGCUUGGGCACUCGGCAAUGUGGCGGGCGACGGCGCGCAGCCGCGUGACGUGGUGUUGGGCCACGGCGCCCUGCCUGCGUUGCUGCCGAUGCUAACGACCAAUACCCCGCAGAGCCAGCUGCGGACGGCGGCCUGGACUUACAGCAACUUCUGCAGAAAUAAGAACCCACUAGUGAGGUUUGAUUUAGUGGCACCUGCUUUGCCCUAUGUCUCAGAUCUGCUCACUGUUGCUGAUCCAGAUGUACUCGCGGACGUAUGCUGGGCGCUUUCCUACCUGACGGACGGACCCAACGAGCGCAUAGAAGAGGUGCAAACUACUGAGAACCUGCUUCCGCGUCUGGUAAACUUGCUGCAACACAAGUCGCCCGCUGUACGCACGCCCGCGCUCCGAGCCACCGGGAACAUGCUCACUGGAUCUGACUCACAGACGGACCGCUGCCUGGAGGCUGGAUGUCUAGACCACUUAAUCGUGCUCCUCCGUUGUAACAAGGCCUCGCUAGUGAAGGAGGCUGCCUGGGCGGUCAGCAACGUGCUGGCGGGUACUCAGGCUCAGAUACAAGCCGCCAUCGACAAGGGACUGCUGAAGCAUCUCGUGCAUGUGCUUACCAGUGACGACGUCAGGUGUCAAAGGGAAGCUGCGUGGGGCAUCACCAACCUGACCAUGGGCGGCACCCCGGCGCAGCUCGACGCGCUGAUGUCCACCGGCUUCCUGGAGCCCUACUGCAGUCUGCUCGAGUCCACCGACCUUAGAGCUGUGACCGUCGUGCUAGAUGGCAUCCACAAUCUGUUGCAGGCGGCUGCCAAGUUUGGUCAAGUGGAAGCUCUGUGUGUCACUCUAGAAGAGAUCAAUGCCCUGGACCUGAUAGAAAACCUGCAGCAUCAUGAGAAUGAAGAGAUCUACCAGAAGUCCCACACAAUUAUAGACACAUACUUCAGUGAGCAAGAGGAUGUGGUCGCCCAACCAGAAGAGAAUAAUGAGGAGUUCCAGUUUGGCUCCAACCAAGAUAACCAAAAUAUUCAAUUUUAGUGUAAAUAAAUAUUAAUAUGGAAUGCAUGAAAAAAAUGUAUGCUGUGUCUAAGAUUCAAAUGUAUAGAGCGCACUUUGAUUUUGCUUAGACUUAAGUUUCAGUUAAAACGAGGCAGAUUUACGCCAACGAUAUAAUGCUGUCUCAUUUUAACAGUGUCUUAAGUUUGAGCAAAGUCAAAGUGCCCUCUAUAGAUUUCAACCUAACAGAUUGUAAGUUUUUAGGCACUUAAUAUCUCAGUGAAUAUGUUAUACAUGUAAAUUGUCCAAUAUUAUAGAAUAGAAAUAUUUUCAAUCAAAUAAAUUACAAAUAUGUACAUACUUUAAAAUUAUUAUCAAAUGCAUCUAUCACUGGUUCAAAAUUUCCAUUGAGAUGAAUUAGCAAGAAAGUCGGCGGUUGUUCUUUUCAAAGAUUUUAUAUACGACAUUAUGCCAUGAAUACAAGCAAUUGAUUACGAAUUGGUCUGGUUGGGGAACAAUUUGUAAUCGCAAAAUCGGAUAAAAAAGGUAGAAACGGUUUGUGUGAACCUAUAAAAUCAGUUCCCGGUCAGAAUUCGGUGUGUUUGUGUGAACGGGCUGUAACUGCUCAACAAUAUACAUGUCCACUGAGAUAAUAUUAUGCUACACCCCUGGUUAGUGUGGUUUUUUAACUAUAUAUUUUCAUUAUCUAUGAAAUGUGUAAAUUGUAGAUAAUAGUGUAAAAAAAAUGAAAAACAAGACUGAAUUGUUAGAAAACACACAUGAUCAUACAAGUCUUUAAGAAGCUAGUAUUUUAGGGUGUCUUCAAAAAUAAACGCACAAUAUAUUGGUUCAAUAGUUUUUAAGAAAUUAUCAAUUUAUUUAUUUUAGAGGCAUUCUAAAAUAUAUCAUUUUGUUAGCCUUCUCAUUCCAAUUUAUUUUUACCAAACUCAGAUCUGUAAUUUUUAGAAAUUAAAAAUUUUACUUAUUCUGAGAUAUGUAUUGCAUUUUAUUAUUUUAUUUUUGCUAAUUUUUUAUUGCUAUGAAAUUUAAAUGAAAUCAACUUUAUAUACCUAGACUAGAUUUAAAUGCAUUUCAUAAAACAAUUUUAAUUUAAUGUUUAGUACAAUUUUACAAUAUUGAGGUGUAAGUUUUAAAAUUUAAGUCAUUUAUGUUAAGAUCUACAAAACAAUAACUUUGACUUUGCUCAGACUUAAGACACUGUUAAAACGAGACAGCGUUAUGCCACUGGCAUAAAACUGUCUCAUUUUAACUGAAACUAAGGUCUAAGUUUUUAUUCUGAGCAAAGUCAAAGUAUGCUCUGUUGAGCUCAGCCAGAGUGAGCUAUGUAUGUCUCAGCUGGUCUCAAGCGAUACAAAAAAUCAAACUUUUGAUAAAAUGUGCCUUAUUAUUGUGAUAUUUUGUGAUAAAUAAAGGCUUUCUUUAUAAAAAA